AUGGCCGACUACCCAAUGGUCGACUCCCACAUCCACCUCUACCCGGAGGGCGAGAUCGAGACCCUCGCCUGGGCGACCCCGGAGAACCCCAUCGCGAAGCAGCACUCCGUGUCAGACUACGUCGCCGCCACCGGCAAGCCUGCCAACUUCAAGGGCUUCAUCUUCCUCGAGACAGACCGCAAACACGACCUCGAGGCCGGUGCCAAGGACGGCUCAGGAUGGGAGUUCCCCCUGAUGGAGGUGUCUUGGCUCCGCCGCAUCGCCGAAGGCAAGCCCCGCGAGGGCGAGGGACACUCUCCCGAAGAUAAGGACCUCUGCCUCGGCAUCAUCCCCUGGGCCCCUUUGCCCUCUGGCGCCGCCGUCAUGGAAAAGUACCUCGACCAUGUCAAGGAGGUUGCCGGCGAGGAUGUGUGGCCCAAGAUCCGCGGCUUCAGAUAUCUGCUGCAGGAUAAGCCCCACGGCACGGGCUUGACGGACGACUUUAUCGACAGCUUGAAGCUUCUCGGCAGGCUGGGCUAUGUGUUCGACUUGGGCGUCGACCAGCACCGCCGCGGAAAGCAGCAGCUCGACGACGCGUUGGAGAUCAUCUCCCGUGCCCACGAGGGUGUUCCCGAGGAAGAGAAGGUCACAUUUAUCAUCAACCACCUCUGCAAGCCCGACCUCGGCGUGAUCAACACGACGGACCCUUCCUUCAUCCACUGGCGCACCGCCAUCUACGCCCUCUCAAAGUGCUCCAAGACCUACAUGAAGCUCUCGGGCGGUUUCUCCGAGAUGCCCGACUCCCUCAAGAAGCAGGACCCCAACGCCAUCUUCGAGGCCAUCUUCCCCUGGCUCGGCGUCGUCCUCGCCACUUUCGGCCCCCGCCGCACCAUGUUCGGCAGCGACUGGCCCGUGUGCACCGUCGGCGUGGACGAGGCCUGGCGCAAGUGGAAGCUCCUGGUCGAGCGCAUGUGCUACAUGGCCACCUUGGACCCCGAGGACCAGGCCGCCCUGUUUGGAGGUACCGCUCUGAGAGCAUACGGUCUGACGGGAUUCGAGCUUGUCUUUUAA